AUGGCAAGACUCACAAGCUGGCUUCUCCUCUCAGCAUGGGGAAGAGCAGCCUCCGUAUCGGGGCAAGGCCUCCACGAGCUGGCGGUGAAGUCGGGAAAGCUCUUCUUCGGCACGGCGACGGACACGAACCUCUUCAACGAUGCGGCGUACAUGGCGGUCCUGAACAAGACGGGCGAGUUCGGCCUCGUGGUGCCGGAGAACAGCCAGAAGUGGGACGCGACGGAGAAGACGCAGAAUGAGUUCCAGUUCACGAACCCGGAUUCCGUGAGGGCCGUCGCGCAGGCGAAUAAGCAGAUGAUGAGAUGCCAUGCGUUGACGUGGCACUCUCAACUUCCACAAUUUGUCUCAACGGGUACCUGGACCCCAGAAACCCUCACCCCGGUAAUCCAAGCACACAUCUCCAACGUGGUAACGCACUACAAAGGCGCUUGCUACUCAUGGGACGUCGUCAACGAAGCCCUCGCCGACAACGGCACCCUCCGCGACAGCGUCUUCUCCCGCACGCUCGGCGCAGACUUCAUCCCCAUCUCCUUCAAGGCCGCCGCGGCAGCCGACCCGGCCGCGAAGUUGUACUACAACGACUUCAGCCUCGAGUUCAACUCCAACAAGACAGAUGGCGCCGUCAAGAUCGUGCAGGAUCUCAAAGCCGCCAACGUGAAGAUUGACGGU